UUGUUUUUGUUUUCCGAUCGAUCUGCUUGCAAAACCAAAACUUGGCGCUCGCGCUCAAAAAAAAAAAAAAAAAAACCCUAACCUUCCUUGUUCGUAAAAAAAUUGAUCCAACAAUACCUAGUAAUUUCUUUGUUCGUGCGUUUGGAAUUCAAGAUUUUGAUUGUUCGGCGUCGCGUUCUUGGCGAUGAAAUCUUAGUUUUUGAUGUUCUGAUUUGACGACCAAAAGAAAAAGACUGUGAAAGAUAAAACCCCUAAUAAUUUAGGGAUUUUGAAUAUGGAUGCCAAGGACAUUUUGGGAUUGCCCAGAACGCCAUUGCCUUUACCCCAGGAAAAGAAGUCAAGACCCCAGAAAGAUUCUCAAAGAAAACCUGAUGGCAUUUCGCGUGAGGUUUACGCGCUUAUUGGUGGUUUGGCUCCUCUUAUGCCUUCCAUUGAUGUUGCUCAACUGAAGCGGCGCACUCAAUCAGAGAACGAGAAGAUUACUUGGCAAUGGCUUCCCUUUUCAAAUUCAGCUCGAAAAGAUAAUUUGCAGCUUUACCACUGGGUCAGAGUUGUAAAUGCUGUUCCUCCAACAGGUGACUAUUCCUUUGCCAAAUAUAACAAGUCUGUCGACAUUGUCAAGUACACAGACGAGGAGUAUGAAAAACAUUUAACGGAUCCUAUGUGGACCAAGGAAGAGACUGAUCAGCUCUUUGACUUAUGUGAACGGUUUGAUCUCCGCUUUGUUGUGAUUGCCGAUAGAUUCCCAUCAUCUCGGACUGUGGAACAACUGAAGGAUCGCUAUUAUAGUGCUUCUCGUGCCAUCUUGAUUUCUAGGGCUUCAUCUCCUGGUGAUGUUUCUGGACAUCCUAUUGUUAAGGAACCGUACAAUGUUUCGCAAGAGAUUGAGCGCAAGCGCUCAUUAUCCAUGGUCCUUUCUCAAACAAAACAGCAAGAGCGCAAGGAUGCUGAGGUUCUUGCUGAAGCAAAGAAAAUAUCUGAGUCAUGCAUGGCUGCAAGGGGUGCUGAAGAGUCAGAAUUGCCAGUCACAUCAAAUGUUGAUGCAGAAGGUACUGAAAGGGCUAUUGUUCCUGUUGAUACCACAUCACCUUCUUCCAGUGUUCAGUUUGCUUCUGCAAAUGUUGCACCUCCAACUUCAAUAGCCGAGAGUGCCUCUGUUGCAACUUCUCUUCGCGUGCUCCGGGUUUACACUAGAACAUAUGCACUUGAUCAAAUGGUACAAGCUGCAAGCUCAUCUGCUGGACUUCGGACUAUCAAGCGGGUUGAGCAGACUUUACAAGAUCUUGGGGUUAAUUUGAAACCAAAGGUUCCAACCAAAGCUGUAUGUGCAGAGCAUCUUGAGUUAAGAAAAGAAAUAUUGACUUUAUUGAAUCUUCAGAAACAGUUGCAAAAUAAGGAGGCAGAAGGUUCUUCUUAUCGUGACGGUUCAUAUGCUGAAACACCAAACACACCUAAGCGUUUCCAACGUGUUGUUGAUCAGGACCGCACAUUCAUUCCUGAGCCCUUUAGUUUCGGAGGGGAAAGAAACCCUGUUGGUAAAAGGGACCAGAAGCGGAAGGCACCUGGAAGGUUGUCUGAUGCUCCAUCAUCACCAGCUCAGUCUAAUAAAAGGCCUCGAAAGUUAAAGGCUUCUGAUGGAUAAAUUGGAAGGCUCAAGAUUAGCCCAAAGCCUCUUGUGGGUUCAACUUAAAUAGGCAAGUUUCAGGCGGCAGCAUUGGUCUUAGGGCAUGUGAGCAUGUCAUAGCCUGGCGGAAUGAGAAGCAUGGACAAAGAGGCCUCUGCUGUUGCAAGAUUAGAAAUCUCACAAUGUGAAUGAUUGAUGAUCUGUGUUGUACAAAGCACCACCAGAAACUGUUAGAAUGGUCAACUACUUCCAUUCCUACCUCCUCCACUUCCAUUCCUACCUCCUCCAGUUCAUUAGUUGUGUAUGGCAUUAACUUAAAAUAGUUUAAUCUUAAUACAUUCUGUUUGUGAACAAAUUUGGUUUUUACCAGAAAAUUAUGUUGUGAUUUCUGACGCCUUUUAUUGAACUCGUUUUACUAAUUAACUUGGGGCAGUAAUUUUCUCAGCUAAAA